AGCACAUGUUGCGUGUCUCAGUUAAAACACUCUCCAGUUCCGCUCACACCUCACUCUCACUUCUCUGAUAACGGAAACCUUAGAAAAUGCGAGCGAAGCAAAUCCCAUCGUCCUUAACAAGAUCCAAAUCGCCAAUCCUCCUCAUCGUCUUCAUCAUCUCGCUCAUCUUUCUCUCUUUCCUCUUUUUCCUUUCUGCUCCGUCCGAUCCCACCCGCUCCUCCUCCCGUCCCUACCCGCACCUGCCCAUCCGACCCGAAACCUCCUUCGUCGCUUCCCUCGAACACUUUCUCACUCGAAAAUCUCCCAACCACGACCGCACUUCCGACGAUACGGUGCGUACGGUGCUCGAGGAUGACGUCGGUAGAUUCGACGAGAGAAAGUUCGCCAAGGAAAUGGACUGGGUACAUGGUGAGCCGUACUACCCGCUGAGUAUGCCGAUUAGGGUUUACGUGUACGAAAUGCCGACGAAGUUCACCUACGAUUUGCUUUGGUUGUUUCGAAACACUUAUCGAGAUACCUCUAAUCUCACCUCCAACGGCAGUCCUGUUCACCGUUUAAUCGAACAGCAUUCUAUUGAUUAUUGGCUUUGGGCGGAUUUGAUUGCACCGGCAUCUGAAAGGCUAUUGAAAAAUGUUGUGAGAGUUGAUAUGCAGGAGGAGGCGGAUUUAUUUUACGUGCCCUUCUUCACCACGAUUAGCUUUUUCUUGUUGGAGAAGCAACAGUGGAAGGCGUUAUAUAGGGAAGCCUUGAAAUGGGUGACAGAUCAGCCCGCGUGGAAACGAUCUGAAGGAAGGGAUCACAUAUUUCCUAUUCAUCAUCCAUGGUCCUUUAAGUCAGUUCGCAGAUAUGUGAAAAAUGCAAUUUGGCUUUUACCAGACAUGGACUCCACAGGGAAUUGGUACAAGCCAGGGCAAGUUUCACUGGAGAAGGACCUCAUUCUCCCUUAUGUUCCAAAUGUUGAUUUAUGUGAUAGAAAAUGCUUAUCAGAAAGUGAAUCAAAAAGAACCACACUGCUUUUCUUCCGUGGACGACUUAAAAGAAAUGCUGGAGGAAAAAUACGAUCUAAACUUGUUGCAGAAUUAACCACUGCCAAGGAUAUAGUCAUAGAGGACGGAACCGCUGGGGAGGGAGGGAAGGCUGCUGCUCAGAAGGGGAUGCGCAGGUCUAUAUUUUGUUUAAGUCCAGCUGGUGACACUCCUUCGUCUGCUAGAUUGUUUGAUGCUAUUGUCAGUGGGUGUAUCCCUGUUAUUAUUAGUGAUGAAUUGGAGCUUCCUUUUGAAGGAAUACUUGAUUAUAGGAAGAUAGCUAUUUUUGUUUCUUCAACUGAUGCUGUGCAACCUGGUUGGCUUUUAAGAUUUUUAAAAGGCAUUAGCUCUACUCAGAUCAGAGAAAUGAGGAAGAACCUUGCGGAGUACUCCAGGCAUUUCGUGUACUCUAGUCCAGCUCGACCCUUGGGUCCAGAAGAUCUAGUUUGGAGAAUGAUGGCUGGCGUGGCAACAUUACCGGUUCCAAUCCUUUAUCUUGAUCUUCAUUGGUUUGAAGUUACUGUGUAUUGGAAUCAUUCUUUAAACAGUUAUAUUUCUUCUGUAAGGCUGCCUCUUAAAAUAUAUUAAUUAAUUUAAUAUUCAUAAUUAAUUAUAGCUUCUGCUUUUCUGGCUGUUGUUAGAUUCAUGGAGAAUUCAUCCCUUCCAAACUUGUUCUAUUUCAUAUUUGAUUUGGCUGCAUAUGAUUUCGCACAUGCAUGUUGCUAUCUCUUAUCAAAUUCUUUCUGUUCCGUUGUUAUUUUCUAUGACUUUCUUAUUGUGAUGGAAAUUAUUUAAAAAAAAAAAAGGUGCUUUUGGGAUGUAAAAUUAGAUAAUUUCAUUAGUAUGUACUUUAUUUUUUCUUCGUUCUUACCCUCUCACUUAUUUUCUCGUGCUGGUUCAGCACAAGCAAGGGUCGAUUCGGCUCAAAUUAGCCGGCGUGACAUCGGUUGGGCUAGAUCGGGCCCUUGUCUCUUUUGGGCUAACCGUUGGACGAUAAACGGGUAGGAGAAGAAGAGAGGGAAAAAAAAUGAAUAAAGAAAAGGAAACCAAAAAAACAUAUUUUUAAUAUUUUAUUUGUUUGUCCUUUGACACUUGAUAGUUGAUAAUAAUUAAAGCUUUCAUGAUCACACUUAAAAAUCAAUGCAGCAAUUAAAGCUU